UGGGUCAGAUUUAUUUUGGUCCCGCUGCCAUGGGUCUUUUCUAAGCCUGUUCUCCCUGCCUGUCCCCUCAGGGUAGACCCCAUUCCUUACGACACUCCCAAGCCGGCGGGACACACCAGGUUCGUGUGUGUUUCCGACACACACUCGCGUACAGAUGGCAUCCAGAUGCCAUACGGCGACGUUCUGCUCCACAUGGGCGACUUCACAGAGCUCGGCCUUCCGUCUGAGGUCAAGAAGUUCAACGACUGGCUAGGUGGCCUUCCGUACGAGUUCAAGGUGGUGAUCGCCGGGAACCACGAACUGACCUUCGAUAAGGACUUUAUGGCAGAGCUGGUCAAGCAGGAUUACUACAGAUUCCCUUCAGUCUCCAAACUCAAACCGGAGGAUUUUGACAAUGUCCAGUCGCUCCUCACAAACUGUGUGUACCUGCAGGACUCGGACGUCACCAUAAAGGGAUUCCGGAUAUACGGGACGCCGUGGACUCCAUGGUUCAACGGCUGGGGGUUCAACCUGCCUCGGGGUCAGUCUCUGCUGGAUAAAUGGAACCUCGUCCCCGAGGGCGUCGACAUCCUGAUGACCCACGGACCGCCGCUUGGUUUCAGAGACUGGGUACCUAAGGAGCUGCAGCGGGUCGGCUGCGUGGAGCUGCUCAACACGGUCCAGAAGAGAGUCCGGCCCAAACUUCACGCCUUUGGAGGCAUUCAUGAAGGGUACGGCAUCAUGACGGACGGCUUCACGACGUUCAUCAACGCGUCGACGUGCACCGUCAGCUUCCAGCCCACCAACCCCCCCAUCGUGUUCGACCUGCCCAACCCCUCCAGCUCCUGAGGCCGCCGCCAUCGAACGCCGCCGUCAGGAGGAACGACUUUUCUACGAAAAAAAAAAAAAGAUUCAACUGUUUCUUUGCAAGUUUUUUUUUUUUUUUUUUUUUUUUGCUUUUGGAGAAAAAAGCGACGGGAAAACUCGGCGCUAAAGGAGAAUAUCGGUGUUUUUCUGUUUGUUUUAUUCUUAUUCUGUGCCAACAGUCCAGGCUUUUUGCCUGGCAUCACUCCAUCAUAUUUGAUUGUUGAAGAAGGCGAACGAGUCCUUUAAAAAAAAAAAAAAGAAACAUGGUUUUACUGGAGAACGACGAAACAUUGAAGUUGUUUUUGUCAUCUUUAAACCAGCAGAACGUUUUGGGUUCGUCCCACCGGUAUUCUCCUUUUUCUAUGAGAUUUUGUGGUUAAACAAUCUUGCUCUUGAUAAAUAUUGGUCAGAACUGUAAAAUAAAUGACGCUUUGUGAAUUUGUACAAUUUCUUUACGGUUUGGUUCGGCCAGACGACGGAUGCCAUUGUUUUUUAUUUUACAUUGUGUCAUACGAUAAAUAUUCAGUUUCUGUUUUGCUUUCUCGUCAGUUCUUUCUCUCCUCCUAUUGGCUGACAGGGACGCUGCCUUAAACUAGCUUUAAUGUUCUUAUUUAUUACCCAUCAUGCCCCGCUGAACAACACCUGACGAUCGGCGGGACGAAAAGCUACGAAAACAGCCACAAUAUUCACUUUUUAUCAAGGAUUCCUCAUCUGAUUUGGAAAAUGUAUAAUAUCAUAUAUAUAAAUUAUAUAUUCAUCUUUUAAAACAUCUGUACUAAAGUUGUGUUUUGAAGAAGAAAAAAAAGUUUUUCUGUAUCUUCAGUGCUUGCAUCAUUUCUCCAUGUUUUUGUAGAAACGGUCACAAUCCAACAGGUGUUUUCCCUGAAACACGCCUGCCUAAACAUGGAUAACAAAGUGUAAAAUCUGAUAGUUUUUGUGUUUUAUUGCUUUUUUUUUCUAAUUUUGCACUGUGUGUAAAUGCAAUCUUGCUAGCACAAAAAAUGUUUUGCCAAUAGUCGUCUGAACUCAGCUGUAAAUGCUCUUUUUCGUGCUCUCUCCCUCUCGCUGUUUCUCUGAUUGUAUCGCCAUGGAAACGUUAGUUCUCUUUCAGUUUAUUGUGAUAUUUAGCUGCCUUUAUAUGCAAAUAAAAUUGCAAGAUUUUUACUUAAA